AUGCCUGAUAUUGCAGAGAGAACAGAGACAUACCAUGUUCCUGAAAGCAUAUUUGAGAUGUUGAUGAGUUUGAGAAACCUAAGCGCACAUAUUAGGAGCAAGAUCGAAGGCGGAGAACAUUGUGCCGGAUGCUGGAACCAAUUUUGGCUUGAAUACACAUUCUAUUUCUUUGGUAAUAGUGAUGGACAGGUCCAGUUCGGUCCAGUUCUCUGGGAAAUUAAGAGAACCAAGAACCGAACCUAUGGUUUGGUUCUCUCAUUCGGUCCAAUAAUGGUCUGGUUCUGGUUCAGUGAGGGUUCGAACCAAGAACCGGACCAAACAAACACUAUUUCUCUCCCCUUGUCACAUCGUCACCAUGAUAGGCACAUUGGCAAGGCUAUUGCCUCAGCACUCGUACAGAAUGGUGCAAAGGUCUAUAUUGCUGCUAGGAAAGAGCUCCAGUUGAAGGAGACUCAUCUAGACUCGGCUAUUCUCUUCAAGCGGGCUGUCCGCACUUCUGAUCUUCUUUUGUAA